AUGUUAUCCAACUUGAAGACUUUGCGGCCCAUUGGCUUAGUGCUUGCCCUCAUCAUCCCCUUUUCUAUUUUUUGCUAUCUGUACACAGACUGGAUACCAGAAACAUCAAUUAGUCCCAAGAUUACACUAUCUCAGUCUUCAGAGACAACUGCGACCGGCACAAACCCAAACCCAGCCUCUGUGGCGCCACAACCGUCCAGCGACAAUGAAAGUCAUUACAACGAUGCGCUAAUUUAUCAACACCCCGAUAAAGUGUGGCACUCAGCGAAAUUCGAUAAUCUCACAGAAACCCAACGUGAAAGAAUCAGAAGCUGGACAAAGACGAACCCCUUUUGCCGCCAAGAAUUGCUGACCGACCGAUCGGCGCAGACGUUUGUUCGGGCUCACUACAACGAAACCCGACCGGAUAUCGUUGAAGUCUAUGAAGCGAUCCCCAUUCCGAUUCUGCGGGCUGAUCUUCUCCGUUAUUUAAUUCUACUUGCAGAGGGUGGCAUCUGGGGUGAUCUAGAUGUUACUUGUGAGAAAGAAGUCACCGAGUGGGUCCCUCUUGAGUACCAGAAUCAAACGAUCGACAUGAUCGUCGGGCUAGAAUUCGAUUUUGAAUGGCGAGGACCAGGCAAGGCUGUCGCAUCUCAAUUCUGUAAUUGGGUCUUUGUUGCACGGAAGUCUUCACGCAAUCUCCAAGUAGUUGUCGACACUGUGAUCGCCAAAUUGAAGGAGAUAGCUCUGGCCAACAGUGUCCAUAUCGAAGGUCUUACGCUUGAAAUGCUCUCGGAUGUGGUGGAUGUGACAGGUCCCAAGAUUAUGACGGUUGCGAUCCUGAAGAGUCUUGGACAGUUGCUUGAUCGGCCUGUUGAUGAUCGUGAUUUCUCAGGCAUCAAACAGCCUAAGUUGGUGGGUGAUGUGCUGAUCAUGCCUGGAAAUGCCUUUGCCGCGCUUCAGAAUGGCAAUCCCACAGAUCAGGGAGAUGUUCUUGUCACACAUCAUUAUGAGGGCUCAUGGAAGAAGGAAGAUCAAGAGGCAAAGGAGAGAAAGAAGCAGAAAGAACAGUCAACAGCAAAACCACCACCAGCGACGACGGAAAAGUGA